GGAAAAAAUGAUUAAUCCAUUUUUUUUUAUUUGAUUUGAUUUGAUAAGAGGCAAAAUAUACGUGGAAAUAGUACCACCUCUCCUAUAUAAAGAAAUAAGAAGAAAUUAACAAUUUUCAUAUAUUUUGUCUGUGUUAGGGUUGGGGAUCUUGGCCUUCUCCGUUUUCCGUUUCUGCAACCAACCAAAACCCUAACCCUAACCCUAACUCUACAUAGAUAAUCAACAAUCAUGUCGUCCAAGCAAGGUGGAAAGGCCAAGCCUUUGAAGCAACCCAAAGCCGACAAGAAGGAAUUAGACGAGAUGGACAAGGCCAACCUUCAAAAGAAGAAAGAAGAGGAAAAGGCACUCAAGGAGCUUAGGGCCAAGGCUCAACAGAAGGGGGCAUUUGGAGGUUCUGGGUUGAAGAAAAGUGGAAAGAAAUGAGGGGUUUCUGUCCCAAAUUACACAUCAUAUUAACCGCUUUUUAUGUAUGCCUUGAGAAAAAAUGUGAUUGGUCUAGAUUCAUGCUGAAGUGACUCCCAAACCUGUGUUUCUGCGUCUAUUGUAAAAACUAAAACAAGACCGCGUUGGUUGCAUAUGGUAUCUAUCUAUGCCGAUGUUCUAUCCGUUUGUGUA